GGACGCAGCUGACGCCGCCGGCCUGCAGCCGAGCCGAGGGGAUGCUCAGGGCUCCUGCGCCGCGGCCCGGGGAGGCGGGGGCGGCCACCCAGUCCAAGCCGCUCACCUCCUUCCUCAUCCAGGACAUCCUGCGGGACAGCGCGGAGAGGCGCGGCGGCCACACGAGCAGCCCGCAGCCCCCGCGCCAGCCAGACCCGCCGCGAUACCAGGAGCCGGAGCCGGAGCGAGGAAGAGGCGGCGCCGGGGCGCCCGAGGACGAGUGGAGCGCCCAGCCCGGCGCAGCGCAGGAGGCCGACGCGCACGCGGAGGGUGAGCCAGAUAGACACUUGGAGACUUAUCUGUUGGACUGUGAAAACAGCGCAGACUCCUUACCAAGCCUUCCGCAAACCUCGAAACAGCCACAGAAGCGCUCCCGUGCUGCCUUCUCCCACACUCAGGUCAUCGAGUUAGAGAGGAAGUUCAGCCACCAGAAGUAUCUGUCAGCCCCUGAAAGGGCUCACCUGGCCAAGAACCUUAAGCUCACUGAGACCCAAGUGAAAAUAUGGUUCCAGAACAGACGCUAUAAGACCAAGCGAAAGCAGCUCACCUCGGACCUGGGAGACCUGGAGAAGCACACCUCCCUGCCGGCCCUGAAAGAGGAGGGCUUACCCCAGGCCUCCCUCAUCUCCAUGCAUAACAGCUACCCUUACUACCCCUACCUGUACUGCUUGGGGGCCUGGAACCCACCUUUCUGGUAACGCCAGCGCAGAUGACAAUCCUGAGUGGUCAGACACUACCUUCCCUGAGUCGCAUCUCUGGAAAGCAAAAGGCCAGCCAGGCUCAGGGAGGCCUGAGAAGCGAGAGGCGUGCAUACUGACCCCGCCGGAGGCUUGCAUGGACACCCCCGAUUCUUCCCUGGUGAGCCAAUGAAAGAUCUGCGAUAGCGAAUAAUACCCAAAUAUAUCCCCCAUGUCACACAUGAUAUGGCACUUUGUUUGCUCUUAGAGACCUCCACCAAGUGGGGAGGGAUAAAAUCAAGCACUGUUCUAGCA